AUGACGAAGGAGUACCAACAGAAAAUCGUCAGAGAAAUCAAUAGCAAGCAGAAUUCGUGGAGGGCUAAAUCGUACGAGCAGUUCAAUGGAAAAACGGCAGAGGAAAUGUUCCGACUGUCUGGAGGUCGCAGGGAUAUCCCGGUGGAGAAACCACAGCCGGCUGCAGUGACGGAGGAACAGAGAAAGCGAGCGUCCCUGCUGCCCCGCCACUGGGAUUGGCGAAACGUCGACGGUGUCAACUACGUGUCGCCCGUGAGGAAUCAGCUAUCUUGCGGGGCCUGCUACGCAUUCGCUGUGAUGGGGAUGUUGGAGUCGCGACUUCGCAUCCGCACCAACAACACCUACCAGCCCGUGUUGUCUGUCCAGGACGCCAUAGACUGCAGCGACCUGGUAGGAGGGUGUAACGGCGGCUACGCUUACCAGCUAAGUCGCUACGCGUUGGAACAGGGCGUCGUAGAAGAACAGUGCAGACCCUACAAUGCCAGUAAUGGCCAGUGUAUGGCCAACACGUGCGACCGCAUUUACGUGUCGGACUACUCGUUCGUGGGUGGUUACUAUGGAGCCUGUAACGAAGUGCUGAUGCAGGAGGCGCUGGUGAACAAUGGACCUAUUGCAGUGGGAAUGGUGGCCUCCUCCUAUUCGUUUCCGAUGUACUCCGGCGGCAUCUACCGCGACCUCGAGAUAUCAGCCAGGAGCGAUUUUUAUCCCUAUGAGUACACAGACCACGCAGUGGUCAUCGUGGGCUACGGCGAGGACGCCGACUCUGGGGAGAAGUACUGGAUCGUGAAGAACAGCUGGGGUGAUGCGUGGGGAGAGGACGGCUACUUCCGCAUCCGCAGGGGCACCAACGAGGCCAGCAUCGAGAGCGACGCCUUUGAGGCUUCACCUAUACCUUGA